AGCAGGUGUUUGGAUGAUGAGAUAUCAAAAUCAAAAAGGUUGAUCAAACGACUGAUUUCAAACGCUUUAGACCUUAAAAGUGCAGAGAACAUUGAAGAUAAGUGAUGAUAAAACAUACCCAUCCUUCGCUACACUACAGAGGCUGCACUAUUCAUCUGUUAUAGACGGUCGUUUCGGUGGAUCAACUCUUUUGAAUAGAUCACGCUCAGCACACGUGAACCAUGAUCACCACAUGAAAUACUGGCUUGUCAUCGGAAAAACACAGCUACAUUUGCAUUUGAAAUAGCUUGGAAAUCUUCAAAAAAAACUCCCUGAAAUGAAGGGACAGGGUUAUGACAACACGAAUUGCCGACUUUCAGCAAUCGCCCAAGUUUUGUUUGGAUUUUCGUGUCUUGUCUUUGGUGUCGGCGACAGGGUGGAAAUGAUGCAUUAUGAGAGCGGCUUCCCUGCUAAAGGAGCUAUUGGAAUAUGGAUUGGGAUUUUGAUUGUCGCCACAGGGAUGAUUGGAUCAAUUGCUAGUUUACCAGUCAAUGCACAACGUAGAUAUUUGGUGAUUACUUACUUCAUAUCAUCCAUCAUAUCRAUGCUUCUUGCACUCAUUAUAGCAGACUGCUAUAUCGUUAGUCUUGUAUUCAUAGCAAGAGAGGGUGAUUGUAACUACGAUCUGAUGGGCAAACCUUCCCCUGUUACCCGGUACUAUGGCACAGUUCCUGCCGACCGGCAGUGUGAGAUACGAAGGAAGUAYGCAGUAGUCAUGAUUGUGAUCGGCCUKUGUGAGCUUUUAAGUGGAAUACUUGCCAUUUACAAUUGCAUCCAAAUCUAUAGAAGUCGGAAACAACAUGCUUUAGCACAAAUGGAUCCUAUCCUUCCUGACCCAGAAACACUG